GUUGCAUACACGAUACACCUGUCAUAGUAACUGACGUUUUUAUUGGAAUUCGGAAUUCGGACUUCAUCGCGUUUGUCCGUCGCGAAUGUAGUAGGCGGAGCUCAUUAUAAUUUUAUUUAGUUUUUAACGCUCUCGUUCCACUUUUCGAUGCUGUUCUUUUUUAUUUUUAUAUGCGAAAAAUUAAAAUUCCACCCGUACUGUGCUCUCUUUGUUAUGUGAUGUUGUGAAACAGUGGUUUGCGUGUUUGAUUUGUAGAAAUAUGAUGUCACUGUUAUUUUGUGCGAAUCCUUGACGAAACAUGAGUGUUAGUGUUGAAGCUGACGUAUCCAGCCCUCUGUCAGACGGGCAGAGCACAACCCUGGACCCCACGACUUCGAAGUCUUCGUCCGACAGUCCCGAUUCAAAGGAGGAUGUUGGGGUAGGUCAAGACGACAAGUCCGAGUCCGAGGCGCCCAAGCCGCAUCCAAUGGCUUUCACCAUCGAUUUUGGUGUAGGAAAGGUCGAUAACCGCAGGCUUGAAGAGUUGGCCAAGAAAUCACAAGCCAGGCACCAGAGAGUGCAGUCUAUGUCCGCGAGUGUGACUAGACCGACUCCGCCAGCCCAGCGACCGCCUAUGAGCGCCAAGCUGCCUAGAAAAGCUCAAGGGUACAACUCUGAAGGGUAUUUUUCAUCAGAUCAGGAAGAUAGUGGCCUAUCUGGUUCUAUAAAGGCACGUAAUUCUAUAGCACAAAAUUCUGCAAAUGUAACAAGUCCUGUAACAAAUAGGCACAUAAAGUCGCCUUUAAACGACGCUGUACAGCCCAAACGUGUGUCCAAAAGCCCCAUUGUAGACAGCAUAAUGUCUAGAAGCGAAAACUUCUCUCUAACCAGGCAUGGCUUGAACCUGCCAUUGAAAAAUAGUUCCUAUGUAAGAGAUGUUCAAAGAACACCAAGUUACAGCAAUUUGUUUCAAAGUAAGCCAAUGGCGGACAUUGCUGACCACAGUCCAGAAGGUGUGAUGUUGACUGACAUUUCCAGCCCUGAACUAGACAUCCUCACGCCUGAUAAUGGUCUCUCUACUCCAGAACAUUCUAAGAGUCCGUUAAUACGGAAGCCUAGAGCUACUUCAGAAACUCCAGAUCUGUUUCGGAAGUGUAUGAUGAAGGAACCAUUGUACAUAGAUGAUGAUAUCGACAGGCAUUCAGAUAACUCCUCAACAGGCACAUAUACUAUAGAAGGAGACAAUUAUACAGAAGAGCAGAAGGCCAGGAUGAGUAUAGACAGGAAAUUUGAAGCAGACUUAAUAAAUGAGGCGAUAGAAAGCUCUCUUAAAACUAAAAACGAAAAAGAUCCUGAACUAAUAUUUGAUUUCCAUCAAAGAGUGAUCACAAAAGAGCCGCGGAGAGAUACAGGCCUCCGAAGUCCAUUAACCAAACAGACAUUUGAGCUCCCCAAAGUGUCAAAAGACAAGAACGUUCUAGAGAUCUCAUGCUGCUACGAAUCUCCGACUGAAAACGAUUUAGCAGCGCAAACUUCCAAGCAAAUAAAAUCGACACGGAGCUAUCUAGAGAAAAUUAAGAAUAGAGUGAGGACUAUUACUGAGAAAACCUUUGCUAAGUCUCCUCCAAGGCACGAAGACGAGCCUGACUUCGGCAGCUUCACGUCAGUAACAACUUCAGGGGUUCUCAGCUCAAAAUGUCCUCCGAAAGUUGAGUUGCCUGUACGCAGAAGAUGUAGCCUGACUAAAUCUGAUAUAGAUCAGACAGACUACAUUCAUAGGUUGAGUAGAGAGUCUUCUGUGCCUGUUUCGUUACCAAGCAAUAAGCUAGGCUUAGAGGAUGCUAAGUUUGAGAGUACAGCACUCAAAAACGCCCAAAAAGCCCUUCAUGAGAAUGUGCCGAACAUGACGCCAGAUCAAAUGGUGGGGAAGCUGUCCUAUUUGAGCCUGAAUCGGUGCAAAGGGGAUAAGACCUGGAUCCAGGAUUGGGCUGAGAGCGUCAAGAAGUAUAAUAACAACACUCUGUCUGGUGUUGGGGAUGGUGGUGAUGAUAAACCUCCACCAAGUCCGAAGCAGAUCAUCGGUAAACCCCGCAGCCCGCACGGCGGGACGCCUACAAAGAUACCGAGUCCCGUCGGCACCUUACUACACAGGAGAACACCGGACCUCAUCCCACCGCAAGACACGGAGUCAUAUCUACUAAAAACGCAAAACGCUAUCACCAACCUGCAAGCCAAACUUCAGUCCUCGCGCACGAGCAAUUUCUCCAGCAUUCCAUCACAACUGACUUCCAGUCUGAUCAGCGAGAAGACCGCGGUCUCCCGGCUCCCGGUCUCACAGCUCAGCCGGUCCAACUCCCUCAACUACCGCCUCCGUAGGAAGGACAAUUCGUCGGACAACAGUCCGUUAAGGAGUCCAGGGCACUACGUCAUCACAGGGUCUUCCAAGCUGCCUGACAGUACAAAGAUUCUUCUAAACACUGCGUCAAGGUCUUUGGAUGCUGAGGGCAGGCACGAUUCUAACAUGAACAGUCCGUCAUCAGAUCGCGGGGUUUUGAGCCAUAGUUCUGAUGAUAAGACGUUGUCUAACAGGUAUGAUGUGGAGGCGAUUCUCUCGCCGCAUAGGAAACACGCGCGGCACAAAGUAGACACAAAAGAUUUGGACAACGCGAACCAAGUGUGCCUCAAAACUGUGCUUAAGAACAACGCUAUGGAGGUGAAAUACCCUCGUAUUGAUCCAACGCGUUGCCAAGGCGACAAGAAGUUGAGAAACGAGAAACCCAAAAGCAACUCGAUCAAGCGCUCCAGUUCCUUCAACACUGUGAAUAAGAACAAUAAUUAUUUGGACCCUAGGAUCAACUCGCGGCGGUCAAGCGGCCAGUCUGAAGAGUACAAUUUCUCCGAUGAAUCGGACAAUGGCUCUUACGAUAAAGAUUGUAGAUAUAAACGGCAGUUGCACAGAGGCCGGAUAGAUUCUCCAGAUUUGAAGUCGAUAGCUCCGGCGAAUUCUCCGAGAUGCCCCAAUACUCCAGAAAUGCACAGAAAGUUCGGGCCAGGGUUGGUGAGGAAUUCUGUGAGGGUAACGAAUAAGGAGAGAGGGAAUCUGACUAGGCUGGAGACGCCGGUGAGGGAAGAGAGGAAGGUCAGUCAUCAGAGCAGGAGGAUAUCGGAGCCGACCAGGCAGGCGGUGUUGAGCAGGUUGACAAAAUCCAGAUCUUCGACUAGAGAGAUACAGCCUAAGAAUCUGGAUAAAGGUCAAAAGAAACCCAGCCAGCACCGAUCGUCAUCAGCACUCGCGUCGAAGGAGAUAGAGUUCUCCAACUGGAAGAAGCGCUCCUCUUACGACCCCAUGAAGGCUGCGCAGGAAGGAAGGAGGCGGCAACAACUCGCCAAGCACAAACAAGACUGCAACAAAGAUGAUCUUAGCUCACCUAGCCACUCGUCCCCCGUCCACCGUUCGCAAUCCUUCCACGUCACCAACAUAGCUGAUCUGGCCACGCUCGAUUAUUCUUCGGAAGAGACGGAAGAUGACCAGCUGUUGACGCUUCCGGUCGAUCCGAUGAUCACGUCUACGCACUCGGACAUUUUGGACCUUAGGCCGAAGGACUAUAGAGAGAAUCUUCGACGGCAGGCGGUUACGAAUGAUGUGGCGCUGGCAAGGGAUUAUGUCACUAAUUUCCAGGUAAACCAGCCAGAGAAAAAACGCCGCGAUGCGGACAAACGCAAGACGUUCAUAAUGGACGACGUCACACCAACCAAAGAGAAUAUAAACUUCCUGUCAAAAGUCAGAGAUGACGUGGCCGUAGACAAGCGGAAAACGUUUAUAUUAGACAGCGAUACAAACUCGACGACGAACGGAAGCAGCCCAAGGAACUCGUCCAUAUUCAGCCAUGAAAAAGUAAUUAUUGAACAAAACUCGCUGACGACCGGCACGAGCGACACGGAGGGUGAGAGCGGCACCGAGAGCGCGCCCGUGGUGAUGCGGCACCCCGCCGGCAAGCGGAGCGCCGCGCCGCCGAAGCAGAGAUACAGUGGUGACUAUUCCAUGUCGUCGUCGACGACGUCCAUAACGCAAAAGAAGCAGCUCGUACAGCCAAGAUAUCUCGACAUAUCCAAGUACAAGAACGAGAGCUCGCCGAAGAACUUCCUGCGGCGGGACCCGAGCAAGACUUACGUCGGAGUGCUCGGCGACAAGGUUAGCAAGGGAAGCGCACAGCAUUAUGAAAUGGAACAAAAGAAGCAAGAGUUAGAGAAGUGGAAACGAAGAGCAUCGUACGACCCGAGGAAGGCGGCGGCGCUCGGCAAGACUGGCAAGACCGCGCCAAAGACUGCCAGUAGCGUACUCCGUUCGCAAUCGUUCCACGGGCCCAUGCUGACGUCAUCGAGCCUUCGCUACCGGCCCACGGCGGACUUCGUCACGGAGACCUACGACCCAUCCAGCGAUAACGAUUUCUGAACGAAGCGAUUUCGUCACAAUUGAUCGAUCGAUUAUACGGCAUCGAUAUCAAAUCGAUUUCAGUACACUCAGUAGAAAAACAAUCACAUCAAAUAGAUUUUCUUGUGCCGUCAUUAAUAUCGAUUCUGAUAUUAAAUCGUAGCGAUUUUUUUUUAUAGAUUCCCCGUGAAGGUAAUUUUAUUACUUUUGGGGAAAUGACAGUUUUUGUAAUACCUACAUACAUUUGGCCGUAAAAGUGAUUCUGAUUGGGCGACCAUGUACUUCUUUGCACAUUCACUGGCUUAAAAAUCUUUUCCUUGUAAGAUUGUCGUGUAUAACAUAUAUUUUUGAGCCUAAUACGUCCUGUACUAUUAAAUACGAAACAGAAUAAUAUUUGAAUGCACGUAUUAUUUCAUAUAAUCACACAUAUUUAUGUAUAUAUCGAUAUGUCGGUAUAAUCGAUCGAUUGAAUUGUAGUGAAGCGUCAAAAUUGUAUGUGAAUUGGAUAUCUUCCAUAUGUACGGUGUAGAAUGAGAUGGCAAUAUGUGAUAUUGUGUGUGCGAGCAGGAUGGAAUGAGUGUUGGAAAUGUGACUUGGAGACUGGUGACUUAAUUAUUAUUAUUUGCUGGCGUUUCUUUUUAACUAAAAUGAUUAUUUGAAAUAUUAAAAAUAAUAGUCAAAGAAUGUUUUUUAAUUUAUCGGAUAAUGGGUUUUCAUAAAAUAUUAAUAUACUUUUAAGUUAUCAGUCUCGAAGGACCAAAGAAAUCGAUAAGUGAUCAAAAAAUAUUAUCAAUAAAUAUGUGAUUGUUAAAAUUCAUAGGAAAUGGUGCUAUAAUUAGAGAUGUGUAUUGAGACGAUAUCGAUAAAUACCGUGUGUUGUGCGAGCAACAUGCGAGUAGUUGAAUAUCGAUAUGGUUUACAACACUAUCUUCCAUAGAAUCGUUAUUCGGAUAUUUUAUCGACAAUAAGGAGAUUUAGGUCGAUAAAUAAGAAAUAAAUAAUUGAUUUCCCGCAUCAUUUAAACUUUGGGAAUCGAUAAUAUUUUUUCGUUUUGAGAUCUUUUUCCUUAAUUAUGUUUUAAAAAUAUUUCGUGAUUUAUAAAAAAAAUCAAUGACUUGGAAAUUGAAUCAUAUUUGCUAUUUUUUUUCAUCCUUUACUAUGAAUUUUGGCAAUUGCAAUAGUCCAAUGAUUUUGUCUGCAGUGAAAAACUAGUCUUGUGAACAAAAAAAUUUGCAAAUUGAUUUAUUUUAAUUAUUCAGUGUUAUGUGAAUGUCUGUUUGUGUUAUGUAGGCUUGUCAUUUUUGUGUAGAUAUUUAUUAAGUAAAACAAUUAGAGAGUAGUUCUAAAGAAUUGAUGAAAAAAGAAAAACAUCCGUAUAGCUCGCUCCAACAGGCCAGCAUACUGCCUUGCUAAACUCAAAAGCGAUAUCUCAAAAAAAAAAAAAACAAAAUCUUGAUUUUUAUGUCGUCAGAUAGCUUAAAGAAAUACCCAUCCAAUGAGCUCACCUAAAUAAAGGUAUUUUUUUUAGAACUUGUUCAAAAAACCUUAGAAGAGUGCAUCUAUCUCAGUUUUACAUACAAAACUAUAUUUACAAAACUUCGAUUAUCUCGAAAUAAAGUUUUCCUGACAUAUCGCUUUUGCGCUUAGCACGGCAGCAUAGUUAUCAACUACCGAGGAGUAAUCAUUCCUCGUCAGUUGGACAUUCUAUUGGACCCAUUCUAUUGGUGCCUGUAUAAAAAAACAACUACUAUCCAUUUCUUAAAUUAAAAAUAAUAAUAUCUUACACUUUAAUUUGUAUAAAAUUGCUGGAAUUUGUACUCGAUAUGGGGAUAUACUCGCCCUCUAUCACAUCAUGGGGCGGAACACAUAUUCGAAAAAUGGAUUCACUUGUCCUGGUUGCACUUGUGCUUACCCCUUCAGGGAUUAAGGCGCGUAUAUUUGAUUUUUUUCAGUAUAAACAUGUUUUAAUAUUUAUUUUGCUCCCGGAAUAAUGACAAGCCUUAAAAUUGAAUUGUGAACAAAUCGAUCUCGUUAUCUCGGACUGACAGCUCGAUGUCAAAUUACAAGUCAUUAUUUUUAUAUUUUGACGUUUUUAAAUUCAAUGUGAAAAAUGCAAUUGUUGUGUAUUUUUUUUUAUUUCCGCACAAAUUUCCAAUUUUAAAUCACUGAUGAGAUUAUUUUUGCUGUCAUUUUUGACAGCACACGAGUCUAAACAGUACAGUCUUGUAAUUAUUAUCGUAAGGUUUAAAAUAAGUGAUUGUUACUAAAUAAUUAUUAAAUGUGAUCUAAAUAAUAAAGCCCGUAUAUAGUUUAGGAUUGCGUCAUUCGAUCGAGAUUAGUACCUUACUUAGUUAUUAUGAUUUAUGAUUAUCAAAGAAUAAGUCCAAUAAAUAAAUGUUUUUUAAAUAUAACAAUAUAAAAGAAUAGCUUAGUAAUGUGAAAUGCUGAGUAAGUAUUUUCUGCUUCGCAAGAUUUAUUAUUAUUUGUGAUGGACCUCGGUUGACAGUUUUGACAGCUGUCAUCUGUUUCUUUUUGUGUUUGACAAAUGCCUUUGUUUUGAUAGAAUAGAUAUGUUAAGGAUGGAUGGAUUUGGUGGAAGGAUAUAUUUUAUAUCCGUCCGGAUAGCGAACGUACACAAGUCGUUAAAACCCGCCAUAGUGGCGCACGUAAGUGUGUCGCGUUCCGGGAUCAGCCUGUGUAUAUCCAGUUCUAACAGGCCGGCAUAAUUGUGUUGACUGCCGAGAAGUAAUAAUUUCCUGUCAGUCGAAGUUCUAUAGGACUCUACUCCAGUUACCUUUAAGUGGAGUGGAGUUACAUUGCCGUGGGCAUCUAAAAAAUUGGAUGGUAUUAUUAUAAAAGUUAUGCAACAGUUGUUCAUAUUCUCGAAUUCCAAUGAUUUAGCUUAAUUUAAAGUAGGAUAGAAAUAGAUUCAUUUCAAGGGCCAUUUGUUACACACAUUUAACAAUAAAAUAUUUUAUUGCUCAUUUCAUCCGUACAUCGAUGUAUUGUAUUUAUAUAAUAGUUUUUUUUUUCGUUUAGUGCAAUAAGUAUCAUCACAAUGAAAAAGUCGCUUUAAAAAUAAUAAACAAAAAUAGUUAUUCGGUUAAAUAUUUUUGUAUUCCUCAAUGGAAAUUAAAAGCAACAUGCGUAUAAAUUAUUUGGAAGUUUAGUAGAAAUUUUGGUAUUUUUUCAUGAUAUGGCAAUCAAGGCUUUAUUUUAUUAUAGCAACACUUUAUCGAAUGAAAAAUUGAUAUUUUUGUGCUUUAAUAUUUUUAUGUACAAUAAAUACAUGCUUUAGUAUAUUUUAAUUGUCUAGUUAUUUUUUUAUGAUUUACUAAGCCCGUACCAUGAAAAAAUAUGAAUAUUAUUUCUUAAUGCAUAUCUAGUAUUUAGUAGUCGGCCAGGUUAUUUAGCUUUAGACUUUGAUAUUGUCCAAAAAGUAAUUCUAAAAUUAAAUUUGCUAAAAGUUUAUAAUCUAUAAACCGGUGUUGCCAUUCGAAUAGUUAUUUGUUGGCACUCUACUCUCAAUUUUCAUUAGUAUGUAGCAAGCCUGGCUUCGGUAAAAAAGCGAUGUUAUAAAAGCGCUCCGAGCGAACUCUUUGUAAUACUAUUGAUGUUUAGCGUUUUGUAAAAAAAAUAUAUUAUUUAAUAGAAAAAAAUAAAAUAUCACCGAUGGA